AUGGACGACCUUUAUGAUGAGUUCGGCAACUUCAUCGGCGAGGCAGAAGAAUCCGAGGAGGAGUCGCAACAUGGCGCAACUGGGGACGCCUACGUCAACGAGGACGAGGCAAACGAAGAGGACGUGCCCAAUGACCAGGCUUUGAUGGAGAUUGACGAGGAUGGACCCUCCAAUGCCGUCGUGCUGCAUGAGGACAAGCAAUACUAUCCUACAGCGCAGCAGGUCUACGGUCCAGGCGUGGAGACCAUGGUACAAGAGGAGGAUGCGCAACCCCUUUCGCAGCCAAUAAUCGCACCCGUGGUCCAGAAAAAGUUCACGGUCCAGGAAACAGAUUUACCACCCGUGCACUUUGCGCGCGACUUCAUGACGGACAUGAUGAACUUCCCCGAGCAGAUCAGGAACAUAGCAUUUGCGGGGCAUUUACACCAUGGCAAAACAGCCUUGAUGGAUAUGCUGGUCCUCCAGACACAUGACAUAGCCGAAAGGCAGGAGAAAAGAACGGGCAGAAAGAGGGAUGAGCAGCUCAGAUAUACAGAUGUCCACAUCUUAGAGCGAGCACGAGGAAUCUCAAUCAAGUCGGCACCGAUGAGUCUAAUCAUGCAAGGAACACGCGGAAAGUCACAUUUGCUCAACAUACUGGAUACCCCGGGCCACGUCAAUUUUGUGGACGAAGUAGCAGCUUCAUUAAGGCUUGUUGACGGAGUUGUCCUGGUGGUUGAUGUGGUAGAAGGCGUUCAGAUCAAUACUGAGCAGAUCAUCAAACAUGCAGUGUUAGAGGACCUUCCACUCACAUUGGUCGUCAACAAGAUGGACCGAUUGGUACUCGAGCUGAAGCUGCCGCCCACGGAUGCAUAUUUUAAGCUUAAGCAUGUCAUAGAAGAGGUCAAUAAUGUUAUCGAGAACACACUACCUGGUCAAGGAGGAAAGCGAAGGCUAAGUCCGGAAAAGGGCAAUGUCGCUUUCGCUUGCAGCAGCAUGGGCUGGAUGUUCACGCUGCCUUCUUUUGCAAAGAUGUAUGCAGAAAAGUACCCAGAUGUCAAUGCGAAAGACUUCGGUGUGCGGUUGUGGGGCGACAUCUUCUUCAACCCAAAGCGGAGAUCAUUCACAAGGAAAGGCACAGAGGAACGAUCAAAACGAACAUUUGUCAAUUUCGUUCUGGAGCCAAUAUACAAAUUGUACUCUCAUACGAUAAGCGAAAGUCCAGAGGAUCUAAAAGAGACAUUGGCAACACUGGGGAUUUUUCUGAAGCCUUCGCAGUAUAAGACCGACGCCAAAGACCUCCUCAAGAUGGUUUGCGAGCAAUUUUUCGGCGGAGCUGAAGGCUUUGUGGAUAUGGUGGUGGAGCAUGUCCCGUCGCCGUUGGAGGGAGCCCGGAAGAAGCUCGAUCGUUACUAUACAGGGCCUACGGAUACCAAGACCGCCGAGUCAAUCGCAAAAUGCGAUCAAGACGGCCCCUUGGUUGUUCAAGUCACAAAAUUGUUUAACACACCGGACGCUGAGCACUUUUAUUCUUUUGGCCGAGUACUGAGCGGCAUCGCAAAAGCAGGGCAGCAGGUCCGAGUACUAGGCGAGGGCUAUACGAUAGACGACGAGGAAGAUAUGAGCAUUUCGACUAUAUCAGAUACUUGGAUUGCUGAGUCGCGAUACAAUAUUCCCACAAGUGGCGUCCCAGCGGGUAAUUGGGUCCUACUGAGUGGUAUUGACAAUUCCAUCGUCAAAACAGCUACGAUAGUCCCGCCAAGACUUCCAGACGAUGAGGAUGCGUACAUCUUUAAGCCUGUCAAGCAUUUCACUGAGUCUGUUUUCAAAGUCGCUGUGGAGCCCAUCAACCCUUCAGAGCUGCCGAAAAUGCUGGAUGGGCUAAGAAAGGUGAACAAAAGCUACCCUCUGAUCACCACAAAAGUCGAAGAAUCAGGCGAACACGUUAUCCUGGGGACGGGCGAGCUCUACAUGGAUUGUGUCCUUCAUGAUCUACGCAGGCUUUACUCGGAGAUGGAGCUCAAAGUAUCGGACCCUGUAACUCGGUUCUGCGAGACUGUUGUUGAGACAUCUGCCAUUAUGUGCUACGCCAUUACACCUAACAAGAAGAACAAGAUUACCAUGGUCGCUGAGCCUCUGGACGACGGUAUAGCAGAAGACAUCGAAAGCGGUAAAGUCAACAUCAAAGAUCCCAUACGGAAGGUCGGCCAAUUCUUCGAGGAUAAGUACGACUGGGACAAGCUUGCUUCAAGAAGUAUAUGGGCCUUUGGUCCCGAGGAGAUGGGCCCCAAUAUUUUGCAAGAUGACACUCUCCCUUCGCAAGUCGACAAGAAGCUCGUGAAUACGGUUCGCGACACUCUCCGCCAAGGUUUCAGCUGGGGCACAAGAGAAGGCCCGCUUUGUGAAGAACCAAUCCGCAAUACCAAGUUCAAAUUGACCGACAUCUCUUUGGCCGCCGACAGCAUCUCCCGCGGUGGUGGCCAAAUAAUCCCCACGACCCGUCGCGCUCUUUACUCGUCCUUCCUGACCGCCUCCCCUCGCCUCCUCGAACCUCUUUACACCGUCUCCAUGACCGGACCCGCUGACUCAGUCUCCGCACUCUAUACCGUUCUCUCCAGGCGGCGAGGCCACGUCCUUUCCGACGGUCCCAUUGCCGGAACGCCUCUAUAUGGCGUCAGGGGUCUUGUGCCUGUCAUCGACUCGUUCGGUUUCGAGACCGAUGUCCGGAUCCACACGCAGGGCCAGGCGAUGGUGAGUCUAGUGUUCGACCGAUGGAGCGUCGUGCCCGGAGAUCCGCUGGACCGAGAAGUGAAGACGAGGCCGCUGGAGAUGGCGAGCGCGAUGGCUACGGCCCGAGACUUUGUGCUGAAGACGAGGAGACGGAAGGGUCUCAGUGAGGACGUUAGCGUGGGGAAGUUCCUCGAGCCGGAUCUCUGGAAGAGUCUGAAGGAGGGUGGCGUCUUGGAUGGCUAG